GAUUCGACUCUUACGCGUUGUAUCACCUAAGCACUUCCUGGCAACGGAAGGAUAAUCGAAAUCAAUCAACAGUAAAUUAUUCACAAAAUAAGCAUGAAGUGAUAUAAUAUUUGUGCUUGGACAACUAUUACGAAACAGCAGAGGAGUGUGAAACAUUAGAAUGGCGACUGCCAGCACACUACUCCCAGACACCCAAGGGGUUCAGUUCACUGCCCGCCCAGCGGUUCUCCGCACCAAGGAAAAUAUCAAGUCACGGAAUGGCCGGUCAUCUUCUCUGAGCUCUGAGGGUGGGAUCCAGCCAGUCAAUGCUAGUCUGUCUAGUAUUGAGGUAGAGGCGAUCCUCAGGGAGAAGGUGAGGGCCAAACACCAGAACAUAAUGCAGGCCUUUAUGACUUAUGAUGUUGAACACAAUCUAGGGGUUACUAAGGGGGAAUUCCGUCGAGUUUUAGAAUCCUUUUGUGUCCCCUUGACCUCAGAGCAGUUUGAAGCAGUAGUGGCCAAGGUGGAGAAGAAUUCGAAUGGAACGGUGAGGUACCCUGACUUUAUGGAGAAGUUCUAUGGGCAGCCGCCCAGCUCUGUAGCAGGCGGUCAAUGGGCAGGCUAUCAAAAGUUUUCGCCUCCUCCUGCAGUAAGGGAGAUAAAUAUUGACAUGAUAGAAAAGAUGUUGAAAGACAAGAUAAGUCAGAAUUUCAAGGCUGUUGUGAAAGCUCUGCAGUUGUUUGAUUACAACAGAGACGGCAAAAUUCAGAGGCAUGAGCUUAGGCGAGUGAUAGAAAACUACUGCUUCAAACUCACAGACGACCAGUUCCAGAAGUUGUGGCUGAGGUAUGACUUCCACCACACAGGGCUGGUCAGCUACAAGGAGUUCCUGUCCAGACUCGGGGUAGCCGCCAACAACCAGAACCGACCGCCUGUCGAUGGAGCCAAGGGAGCCCUGUUGUGGCCCCAGCAGAUCCCUGUCUCAAACAGCAAGAUCUUCAAACAGAGGAAAGAUGACGAGGAAGCUUUACAGAGGCUGAACUUUGAUCAAAUUGAGCUUGAGUUCAGAAACAGAAUGAGGAAGAAUUACCUGAAUCUGAAGAAGAUUUUCCUGACCUUUGAUCGUCACCUGGACGGAUUUAUCAACCUGGAGGACCUCAAGUCCAUCCUGUGUCAGUUCACUGUCCCUAUGUCUGACCAGCUCUUCAGGCAGAUGAUGGAGAGGUGUGGGGUGAAAGGAUCUGGUAAGAUUUCCUGGGAGCAGUUUUUGGACAAAUUCCAGGAUCCUCAGGGUGGGGGAAAUGGACAGACCAUCCCCAUGAGAAACAACCACAAAUUUUUCCCAAUCCGUGAAGGUAUAGAGACGGUGGCAACGGAUGACAUCUGGAAAUUACUGUACAAACACGUACAGAGCCACUACCCCUCCCUAAAGCAGGCCUUCCUACAGAUAGAUGCUACCCGUAAAGGGCGCAUCACUCGUACAGAGCUGAGGAAUGUGAUUGAGAAGUUCGCCUUCCGAUUAGACAACGAACAGUUCAAACAGCUAAUGCUGAAGCUGGACCCGUACCACACCAAUAGUAUCUCCUACCAUGACUUCCUGAAGCUGUUCGAAGAAACAGACACCCCAGAGGGACACAAAUGGCUGAACUCUGUCCACCGUUUCAAUGAAACUCCAAAGCCUGCCAUUAUGGCCUGGGAAACAAUUGAAGAGAUUCUACGAGAGAAGAUCACAGAGUACUGGAAGCCUGUUUCUGCUGCUAUCAUGGCCGCUGAUUCUAAAGGAGAUGGUUACAUCUCCAUCCCCAAAAUGAAGUCCAUCAUUGAUAACUGUGUGCUGCCCGUCUCAGAGGAUCACUUCAAGAGCAUGGUGUCAAGGUGUCAGGACUGCUCCAACAACAUGAUUAACUAUGUGGAGUUCCUGGAGAUGCUGAAUGUGGAUGUGCGGCCUGGGGAUCUGGUGGGACUGAGCUCACAGAUCCAGUCAGGCAGUGAGGAGAGGGAGGCCAUUAGGGUCAAGAACCACAUAGCAAGGGCUACAAGGGUUAACAGAAGAGCUCAGAAUCGAACCAACACAAUGACAGCUGAUGAAGUGAUUACAAGGCUAAAGGACAGGAUGUCCCAGCACAAGGUCCAGAUCAGACAGGCCUUCCUCUCCUUUGACAAGUCAGGCAAGGGUCGAGUCACCAAGAAGAACUUCAGAGAGGUCCUUGGGUCGUUUGGAGUUUUGAUGACUGAUGAUCAGUUCAAGGAGUUGACUGAGCGAGUUGGAUUUAUGAACGGAUACAUGAAUUACUCUGACUUUGUGAUGGCGUUUGAGGAUCCGCGAGCUCAGGGCCCAGGAGACGAGAUCCUGAGGGUGGGCAAUCACCGCGUCAAUCCAAUCAGGGGGGAUGAGUGGGGAAUGACCGCUGAUGAAGUGGAGGCCAAGUUAAGGAGUAAACUUAGAGAAAACUUUGCAAAUCUGCGUGCAGCAUUUUAUAAGUUUGAUGACGACCACAAUGGUCUGAUUAACAAGGCCAACUUCCGCCGUAUUCUGGACUCUUUUAUGUGUAUUAUCUCGGACAAUGAAUUUGAGGAACUGUGUAAGAGAUUAGGAAUAACAAAAUCCACAAAGAUUUCCUACGAAGAGUUCCUCCAGCGGUUUGAAGUCAGAGAUACUGUGGAAGGGCACAAGUGGCUCAACUCCGUUCAUAGGUAUAACUCUACACAUCCCACUCAAGAAAUGACCGCAGAGUCAGCACAUGAAGCAUUAAAACUGAAAUGUCACAGACAAUGGAAGGACCUGGCUCAGGCUUUUACACAAAUCGAUGCAAUUGGAAGUAAAGGAGUCCUGCGGAGGAGAGAGUUACGGGACCUGCUCUUUAAAAUGGUUAUUCCGAUGGGACCAGAGGAAUUCAAAAGACUCUGGACAUUCUAUGAUGAGGAUGGGAAAGGCUACAUCAAUUAUCAGGACUUCCUGGAUAAACUGGGGGCCUCGGAGUUUGCCCCGGCCGAUAUGAUGGGGACCAGUGCCGACAUCAUUGACAACAGUCACAAGACAAUAAUGGUGCACAAUGAGGACCAGCUGGCCAAGCACCAGAGAAUGACCAAGCACCAGGCCAUCAAGGUGGCAUUCAUGAACGCCGAGCAGGUGGAGAGGCAACUCAGGGACAAGAUCCGAGACAACUUCAAGGACACCUAUGAGGCAUUCAUGAAGUACGACACUCAGAAGAAAGGUUCCCUGUCUGUCAAUGAGAUCCAGAAGGUCCUCAGUGACCUCCACUUCUUCAUGGACGAUGAGCAGUUCUUCAAACUCAUGGACAAGAUUGGGCUUGGUACAAAGGGAAGUCGGCUGAACUACGAAGAGUUCCUGAGGGCAUUUGAGGAUGGUCGUAAGGAACACUACCAGCGUCCUUUGCCAGAGGUCAGGAUUGAGGAGUGUGGGGCCCUCAGUCCUCAGGAAGCGGAAACCAAACUCCGGCGGGUGAUAGAGAACCAGGGUGACGUCCUCGGAAAGGCCUUUGCUUCCUUUGACAAGACUCAGUCCAACCUGAUUUCCCUGGCUGAUUUCCGUCGUGUGCUUGACAUCUUUGCCUUUAAGCUGACGGAGCCCCAGUGGCGCCAUCUACAGAGUCGGUUACAGCUGGUCGACAAGUCAGUGAACUAUGUCCUGUUCCUGGAGAACUAUGCCAUGUCGGAUCAGGAGGAUGCAGAGAAGUGGCUGAGUGUCCUACAGAAGCAGAUGAGGGACCAGUCACAGACACUGAUGCCAAUUGAUGAGGUUCAAGAGAGGCUUAGGGAGGCAGUACAUGCCCACUUCUACACACUGGCCAACCUGUUCAAGGAGGUAGACUAUGCUGACAUCGGGGUCGUAUCCAAAGAGGAUUUCAGAGAUGUGAUGGAUAAAAACGUCAUGAGAUUCACAGACGAGCAGUUUGACAAGGUGUGGGCGUCUCUUCCGACCAAUGAUUUUGGUAACCUUGACUACAAGGAGUUCCUGCGUCGUUAUUCCUCCAACAUGGAGAUUCCCCCCACCCAAAGGCCGGCCUCCACAAUCAAUGGCCGACCGGGGACACAGAUGUCUGGGAGACGUCUACAGAGUCGAGCCAUGUCAAGGUCAAUCACACAGAUGGAGUUUGGUCGUCCUGGAUCUCGAUUAUCUCGAGCUCAGUCUCGUAUGAGUACGCCGCUGAUCAAUGCAGAAAGUGCAGAGGCCAGGAUCAAGAACCGGAUAUUCCGCAACUGGAAGGAAAUCCAGAGGAGUUGUCGUAACUGUGAUAGGAAUAAUACCGGAACUAUUCAGGUCCAGGAACUCAAAGAUAUUCUGGUCAGGAAUGGAAUUGACAUGCCUGAUGAGGAGUUUUACGAUUUGAUGACAAAGUAUGAUCUGCGAGAGGAUGGAUCGUUCGCCUACGUGGACUUCCUGCGUCACUUCAUCCUCAAUUUGAAGCCACAGGAUGAUGGGAACUUAAUGUCACGGCGACGCGUUCCACAGGGACGGGUUUCUGUGCCAAUAUUCAGUAAACAGUUGAAGUCGCUGUCGUCUGUGUCGGAGGAUACCCAGGUAUCCGCGGGCCACACCAGCACUCACUUCUAUGACGCCAUGAUCCGACUCCGAGAAUGCGUCGUGCAAAACUGGAAGGAGAUGAGGCGGCUCUUCCGAUCGAUGGACCGUGACAACCAGGGAGCCAUCCCGUCCCUGGACUUCCGAUACGUCCUGCGACAGUUCAGUGUCAAUCUGGAGGAGGACGAGUUUUUCCACCUAUUGUCGUACUACGACAAGAACUUGAACGGAAUGAUUGCCUACAAUGACUUUAUCAAGGCUUACCUCCAGAAUCCCUGAGGGACGGCCAUCUUAGGAACUUAAUCAAUAGAACCACUUUUUCUGCUGAUAAAUCUGCUUUCUUUUCCUGCUUUGUUUUUUACAGCCUGCAGUGGUCUUUCUGACAGUGACGGUGCCGUUUGGCAAUCCUUAGUGCUGAUGUACCCAUGUACUGCCUCUGUACAAUCUAUCUGGUCAGGGAGCUCGCAAUAAAAAUCUGUAUUCCUCCGAUCUGCUCCUUGAUUUUACCUCAGUUCCAGAGAUAGUAAUCAAACACAUUGAUUCUAUACUGUACCUUAGUUAAUUAUAACUGUGUGUACUGGACAUCUUCUCUCUGUAGAAAGUGUGGAUGUGUUAUCUAUAAAACAUUUCUCUCAUCUGUGAUAAACAUUCGACUGUGAUUCAAAGUAUUAUGUUUUUACUUCAAAUGCUGAUUCAUGAUUUUAUCUUUAUCCAAAAUUUUAUGUACAUAUUUUUUUGUAUAUUCACAAAUUCUUUUUGAAUAAAAAGUUAUUUUGAUA